AUGUCAAAUACCGCAUCUUUUUGUGCUGUACGUGAGUCCGAAGAGCUAUCCCAGCAAACCACGUUCUAUUCACACCAAUCUACCCCAGUCCCUGACAUUAACCCCCAACGCGACCUGAACACAAGCAGAAUAAUAGAGAAACAUGCAACAGUUACUCUCCCAAACCAGCCACGUAUUUUACCCCCAAAUAUCUCACGCCUUGAACAAGAAUGGAACAAUCUUUUGCCAUCAAAUUUUGGUAAUACACAAGGGUCUUCUAUUCUAGACCAUCAAACUGCGUCCGAAACUGAAGAGACUGUAUCAAUCAAAGAAAGCUCCGGAGUUAAGGAACCGAGACUGAUCUCCAAAUUGCCCGAGGUGAACUGUGUCGUGCGCGCACGCAUACCGACAACCAUUGGAGGAUCAGGAACCGAAAUGUUCUUGCAUUUAUACCAAAAUAGUGAAGAUAGCAAAGAGCACCUUGCAAUAGUGUUCGGCAGCACAUUGAGGAGCCGUUCGCUUGACCGGGUGCGUCAUGAUGAAACAGAGAUGGAUCGUUUAAUUAGAGGUGCAUACGUCGGCAGAUUGUAUCCAGGAAGAACAAGCUCCGACUUGCCAAAUCCAGAAAUGGCUACGCAUGAUCAACUUAAGGAAGCUCCUCUAGUGCGCAUUCACUCUGAAUGCUAUACCGGCGAAACAGUUUGGUCUGCACGCUGUGAUUGUGGUGAGCAACUCGAUGAAGCUGCCAGACUCAUGUCAACUCCCACUACCAAAAAUCCCGAGCCAUGUGGUGUGAUCAUAUACAUGCGUCAAGAAGGCCGCGGUAUUGGACUAGGUGAAAAGCUUAAAGCAUACAAUCUUCAGGAUCUAGGUUCUGAUACAGUCGAGGCCAAUCUCUUAUUAAGACAUCCAGCUGACGCACGAAGCUAUGGAUUAGCUACAGCUAUGUUGCUUGAUCUGGGAAUUAGUAGCGUGCGAUUGUUAACCAACAAUCCGGAAAAAGUUCGAGCCAUAGAAGGGCCGAACAAAGAAAUAUCAGUCAAGGAGAGACUGCCGAUGGUUCCACUGGCAUGGAAGGAGGGGGAAUCCGGUGGUAUCAGGAGUGAAGAAGUGGGUGGCUAUAUGAAAACCAAGAUUGAAAAGAUGGGUCACAUGCUAUCUAUGGAAGGAAUUCCCUAA